UUCUCCCUGCCGCUGCAGUCAAACCCUACUUUCCUACUUCCGCCCUUCGCGACUUGCGGGCGCUGAGGGUUCGCACCUGAGGUGAGGCCGUUUUAAGUCUGGGCCUCCAGCAACGGAAGGGUGGGCUUGUGCCCAGGGUAAAGGAACAGCAAGUCCUGGGAACCCCUCCUGCCCCAAGGUGGGACUCGCACCACCUGUCUGCGUGCGCGGCCACGGGGCUUAAAUCUCAACACCUCUGGAGCAGAGCAGCUCUUUUGUGGCAGGAAGGAGGGGACAGGAGUCCCACCUGGAAGAACAGCCCAUCUCAGAGGAACCAGCCUCAUCAGAGCUUCAGAACAGAUGCAGAAAAACCCAGAAAGGAGCAGGUUGUGAUUUGCUCCACCAAAAGUAGGUCUUAAUCACCUUGCCUAGAGAGAGCCAGAUUUGGUGAUGUCACCACAUCCGGAAGCCGUCAGAGACUGUGUGACCGUGGGAACUCUGGAUCAGCUUGCAGAAGGUGGUGAGCCGGGGUGGAAAGGGAAGGGGUGACUGACAGACUGCACAGGUAAAGCCACAGCCAGAGUCAAGGAAAUUCUGUCUCUAGUCCUUAACCCCCCACUUUCUUCAUUCUUCCUUCAUUUUUUCCAGAUUCUGAGCCACUCUCACACCAUGUUCAUCACACAUGGCAUCUAGAUAGGCUGAGGCUUCCUUUACCCUGAACAUAUAGAAUCAAAAAAUGAUAAUAUAGGAGAAGAUUUCUACUUCUCUUAAAACUUUAAAACAAAAUAUUGAGCUUGAGAUGUAUAUCCCCUGGUCACCCAGGACAGAGCUGGCACAGUACUGUUCAAAGCACAAUGUUGCUCAUUCUGUCACAGGUAAAUCACUAAAAGCGUUUUAUCAAAAGUCUUUGAGAAAUUGCAACAAAUUAGAAUAAAAGGAUUUAAAAAUAUUUUGUCAUUAUCUUUUUGUCUAGAGUUUUCUGUUGAUUUUCUAACUCAAAGUAUAAAUAGUAUUAAUAGGGUAUUAAUAUUAAUCUUCUGUUUUAAUUUUUUGUUAAUUAGUCAGAGGGGAGGUACAUUUUUUCUCAAUCAAUAGGAAAAUAAUUUACAGUCACCCAGUGAAAAACAGCAAGGUUAUAUCCACGUGAUCGUAUCAGAGAUGUUCAUAUUCAGGGAGUGGUGUGUCUCCAUCUGCCCCUUCUCAAGGAUCAACAGAACACUUUUCCAUAGAGAAACUUUUUCCCAAACUGGUGUGGUGAGAUUAGGCAAGUGAAUACAGAAGCCCACCAGACCUUUCCUGACUCCAUUCCUCUUUUCUUUAUCCCCAGCUCAUUCUUCACAGUUCGCUGCAUUCUCCCAGGUGCAGCAGAAAAUGAACAUAUCUCAGAAAUGUACUCUUGCAGGCAUCAUUGUCAUUCAAGGAUGUAACUGUCGAACUCACCCAGGAGGAGUGGCAGCAAAUGGGUCCUAUUCAGAAGACCUUGUACAGAGAUGUAAUGCUAGAGAACUACAACAACCUAGUCUCAGUGGGGAAAUGCAUUUUCAAACCAGAGGUGAUCUUCAAGUUGGAGCAAGGAGAAGAGCCUUGGUUCUUAGAGGAAGAAUUCUCAAACCAGAACCAUAAAGAAGACUACAGUGAUGAUAAUCUAAUCAAGAGGAACAAGAAAAUCAAACACUUGCAGCAAGUAACAUUUGUAAGUAAUAAACCAUUGCCUAGAGAGGAAGAGGAGGUUUUGAGAAAACCAUUUAAUCUGCACAUAGUUCCUGUUUCUUCAUCAAAAAUAUCCUGUAAAUAUGACUCAUGGGGAAUGAAUUUGCAGAGUAUUUCUCAGUUUAUCAGUAAUAGUAGAAACUACUCAACAAAAAAAACAGAUUGUUAUAAUGUACGUGAAAAUCUGCCUUUCAAAAUUAAGCUUGAGAGAACUCCUACUGGAGAGAAAUUUUCUGAAUGUGAUAAAAAUCAGGAAGCCCUCAGUUAUAAGGAAAAUCUUCCUAAGCAUCAGGAGUGUCAAACAUUGAAGCAAGCUUUUGAAUUUAAUGGGAUUGGAAAAGCCUUCUAUGUUGAGGUUGCCUGUGUUAAACAUAAGACUACUCCUACAGGACAGCAAUCCUGUAAAGAUGAUGUGUUUAGGAAAAACUAUGAUGAGACAACUCUCUUUGACCACAAAAGAACUGGGACAGGGGAGAAACACUCUCAUCUUCACCGAUAUGGGAAAUCCUCCUGUGAGAAGUCAGCUGUCAAGGAAUACAACAAAAUUAACAUGACUGUGAAACACUGUGAAUGUAUUACAAGUGGGAAUAAUUUCAGCAGGAAGUCAUACUUUACUCAGCCUCAGAGAACUGUCACAGAAGAGAAUCAAUUGGUAUGUAGUGACAGAACACAAACUAGAGAUAAACACUUUGAAUACCAUGAAAAUAAGAAAUCCUACCUGACAAAAGCCCACAAAGUACACCAGAGAACUCACUCUGGAGUAAAACCCUAUAAAUGUAAUGAAUGUGGGAAAGCCUUCUGUCAAAAAGGACAUCUCAUUCAACAUCAGAGAACUCACACAGGAGAGAAACCAUUUGAAUGUAAUGAAUGUGGAAAAACUUUCUCCCAGAAGUCACACCUCAAUACACAUCAGAGAAUUCACACAGCAGAGAAGCCCUAUAAAUGUAAUGACUGUGGGAAAACAUUUGUCCAGAAGUCAACCCUCAGGGGACAUCAGAGAAUUCACACAGGAGAGAAACCCUAUGAAUGUUGUGAAUGUGGGAAAACUUUUGUUCAAAAGUCAACCCUCAGAGAUCAUCAUAGAAUUCACACAGGGGAGAAAUCCUUUCAAUGUAAUGAAUGUGGGAAAACUUUUGGCCAGAAGUCAAACCUCAGAAUACAUCAGCGAACUCACAGUGGUGAGAAAACUUAUCACUGUAAAGAAUGUGAAAAAUCCUUCUGGCGAAAAGAUCAUCUCAUUCAGCAUCAGAAAACACACACAGGAGAGAAACCAUUUAAAUGUAAUGAGUGUGGGAAAACUUUUGCCCGGACAUCAACCCUCAGGGUUCAUCAGAGAAUUCAUACUGGGGAGAAACCAUUUAAAUGUAAUGAAUGUGGGAAAAAAUUUGUCCGGAAGGCAAUCCUUUGUGAUCAUCAGAGAAUUCAUACAGGGGAGAAACCCUUUCAGUGUAAUAAAUGUGGGAAAACUUUUGGCCAGAAAUCAAACCUUAGAAUACAUCAGAGAGCUCACAGUGGGGAGAAAUCUCAUGAAUGUAAUGAAUAUGGAAAAUUGCAUAAGAAGUCAACCUUAAGUGUAUACCAGAGAAUUCAGGGAGGGGGAAAACCAUAUUGAUAUAAUAACUAUGGAAAAUCCUUCUGACUAAAAGACCAACCUCUAUUUGACAUCAAAAAAUUCACAGAGUAGAGAAACCAUAGAAGUAUGAAUAUAGGAAGAAUUUUGCCCAAAAGGCAAUUCAGAGAGUGUAUCAGAGAAUUCACACAGUAUUUCUUUCAAGGUACUAUGGAAACCGUAUUGGAAGGGGUCAUGCCUUGUUAGAUAACUCAUACUACAUGUACUGCUAAUCUUCUCAUUAGUAAGAAUUUCAUUUUUCCUCUAGGCACAUAGCUAAUCUAAAUUUCCCUAUCUCCCUUUCAUCUGAGUAGGGCUUUGUGACUGGCUAGCAGACUGAGAAUGUUCAUGUUUUAUGCCACACCUAGUUCUGACAAAUAAGACUUCCCUGGUGCCAGCAGUAUUUCAGCCAUAAAUGGAAUAGUAGCAGCUAUCAGAAAGGAAACGAAUUGCCCACUUUGCUGCCUGAAGCAAAGCGUCUGGCUCAGUAGGACCCUCAACUCAUAGGUACUCUAAUUGAGCCUGGUUCACUGAUGGUUUGGCUAGUUGAAACCACUUGGACACUAUGGCUCUUCAACCUCAUUGCCACUAUGCAGACCCCAAAACUGAUGUGGCUACUCUUGUCACUGGGCAGAACACAAAGAUGUUCUCAACUCUGGCCAGUAUUCCCUUUGAUGAAAUUUGGUGUGUUUUCAUUGACUCUUGGGUUCUUACUGUACCUAGCUAUUUGACAUGCCUGUUGUAAAACUAUAAGCUUGUAAAAGCAUCCCUGUUUGGUGCUGUGAACUGUAGGGGUAAAAUCACAGCUACUGAGUACAACAUCUGAGUUGUUGAACUAGAUUCACAUAGUAAGAGACUAUUCUCUGAUAAGACUGACUGGAAUCAAGUUGCUGGUCAAGCCCCCACUACCCUGGUUGCCAGCAUUGCUACCCGAAUCCAUCAUCAUACUGAUGGCAAAACAUUUACCAUCUUACCCUGGCUACAACAUAAAGGUGUCUCUAUAUAUCCAGUGCUUCCUCUGAUGUCAUUUGAUAUAAGAACGUACAGAUUUUUUUCUUCUGGAUUAGCAGCCAGUGCUCCAUAAGCCAUUUGAUUAAUUCACCCCUUCCCUAUGGAUUUUAAAAAUCUUCAUAUACUAACUUGUCAUUUGUAAACACAUUGCAUAUAACUGAUCACUCGUGACCCAUUUCCUAAUUCUGUAUAGCUAGGUCCACAUACUGUAGUAAUAGAUUCUACUUUUCUGAACAGGGAUGGCACAUACCUCAUGAGCCAAAAACACCCUAUCUUUCUGGCCUGAUACUGAAUGUUUCACUGAAGGGUAUUUGAAUCAAGUUUAGAAAAGGAGAAUACCGCCUAGGACUUUGGAAAUGGAACAUCACAGACCAGUUACAUUGUUACUCUAGAGCUGCCAGCAGCAUUGCAAAGAUUCACCUAUGGUAAGAGAAGAUAAUGUCCAGUUAGUACUAUAUUCCCUGAAAAUCAAGAGAUUACUUGCCGAGACCAGCUCGGCAACUCGGGGCGAAUGAUGGGUGCCGCAAGCUUAAAGAAACAUAGACACAGAUUUAAGAGAAAGAUGGGACCCAGGGACUCAAGACCUCUAGGAUCAAGAGCCCUGCUGAUUCAUCCCAUGUUGCUUUUAUUGGGCUCUCGACAUUCAGGAAGCAAGAUAGCAUAAGGUUCUCAUACUCCCAGUUCCCUCGUCCCACAAUCAAGGUUUUCUUUGAAGUAACCAAAUUUCUGUUUUGUAUAUCUUUUUGCACAAAGGGCCUCACAUGAUUGGGGGCAGUGAUCUUUUGCAAGAACAGCAGAAGAACAAUCAGUGCGUGCACAAGCAGCAUUCUAACUUGCACUGACCCAGCAAUCCUAAGUCCACACCUUUAGCUCCUCCACUGCUCAAGCAGGACAUCCUGCACCCAGUUGCUCGGCCCACAUACUUUAAUUGCUUUUAGCCAUAUUUUCUGUAACAUUUUCAAGGCUUCAGAAAGACUUCUGAAUGUUUUCCCACAAUUACUGUUUUCUCCAUUUUUGUAAUUGUUGGUAAUAUAAAGUCAUUCUUUCAUAAAGUUUUCCUCAGUUUCUUAAGAUAUGUAGAAUCAUCUCCUUCAUAGUCCCUUUUAUAUAUCAUCUUUUAUGAGUAUGAUUGGAUUUGCUAUUAAGUUCAGGAUCAUCUACCCACCAAGAUGGAACCAAUUCACCUGAGUGGCCUGAAUGGGAGGCCAGGUGACAAAGUCCCCUGAUGGCACUCAAGCUUUAUCUGCUGUCCCCUUGCUAGGGAUGCCUCUCCAUAUAAUACAUUAUCAGUUGGAGACUGUGGUCUAUGCUGUAGUCAGGAAUGCUCCCUUCUCCCUGCCUGAUUUAUCUCCUUUCCAAGUACUAACUUUUGUUCCAACAGAUGGAUGCCUCAUCUAGAAACACUGGCAGAGUCAAUUUUCUGUCUGCCUGACUACUAAGGAUCUUCAAGCUGAUAAAAGAAGCCUCCAUGAAGGCAGGAAUUUUUAUCUGUUUUGUUCAUACUGUGUCCCAAGCAUUAUGAACAGUCACUGUACAUAUUGGGCACUAAGAAAUGCUUGUUGAAGGUAGAAUUAUCAGAGAGAUAUCUGAACAUUUUUCCUCUUGAUGGUUUAAAUUAUAUUUUGAGAUUAGUCAUUAUUUAUUGUAAAUAGUUAAGGAAAUUAUUGCUCUAAGCUGCCACUCAGACUCUGUUCUUUUGGAUACUUUUUAAAAUUGCUAAAAGAAACAAAACUCAUUCUUAAUAUUCAGAAGUGUACUGUUCUUCAGAUCUCUUUCAGCAAAGACAAAAUUUAUUUUCAAUAAACUAGUAUUCCCAGUUUAAAA